AAUUGCACAAGGACUAAUUUAUCCUUGAGGAUUGUGUUAAUUACCUGGUGUGUCCAUUUGGAUAAAAGUAACUGCUUCUUUCUAGAGACUUGAGGCAGAGAUUGAAAGAGCAGUGUAUUUGUGCAAAGAAAGCUCAGCAAUAGCUUGCUAUGGCAUCAAUUUGAAAAGUGUAAUCUUGCUAAGUGCAUGGGGUAGUAGAAGAAUUCAAGAGAUUGCUGCUGGUUUACAAGGUGCAGUGGAUUUAAGUAGCUACUAAACAAAGAAUGGCUGUUAUUCUUGCUCUAAAGCUAUGCCCUUCUGUUACUUGCAAAACCUCUAUACCCAACAAUAACUGUAAACUGCAAUGGAGGUGUGAUACUGUUCCCUCAUCUCCAGCUGUUACUUUGAGUCGUCGUCAUAUCCUGCUAUGCAGUGCUUCAUUUCUUACCAUUCUGAAUUUAAACUGCAUUUCAACUCCAUUACCAGUAAGGGCUGAAGAUGAAUCGAAUGCCCAAGAGGAAAAGGAUGGAGUUAUUGGGACUAUUAAAUCAUUAUUUGAUCCGAAUGAGAAAACAAAAUCUGGUAAACUUCUGCCUAAGGCUUACUUGAAAUCAGCAAGAGAUGUUGUAAAGACACUGCGUGACUCACUAAAGGAGGAUCCUAAAGAUGUUACUCAAUUUAGACGAACUGCAGAUGCAGCAAAGGAGUCCAUUAGAGAAUAUCUGGGAAGUUGGAGAGGACAAGAAAAGGUGGUCCGUGAGGAAUCAUAUAUUGAACUAGAAAAGGCAAUUAGAUCCUUGGCCAGUUUCUACUCAAAGGCUGGUCCAUCUGCUCCACUCCCUGAAGAGGUCAAGUCUGAGAUAUUGAACGAUUUGAGUGCAGCAGAAGAAUUUUUGUAGCAGACGAGCAACUUGAGCAAGAUGAAACGAUGCUUUUUAAGUUUUGGGCGGAGAGAAUUCUUUUGGAGAGAUUAUUACUCUGAACCAAGCAGAUUUCAGGAUUGCAGAAAUGGUGCAUUGUCUAUUAUGCAAUUAAAUUUUUAUUUAUUUGUUUCUUUCUAUAGAAAAAUGAAGGGACAACAAAAGUUGAGAUGACAA